AUGUCGUAUGGUUCAAUAGAAGAUAAUAGUUCUCCUCCUAAUAGGAGAAGUGACACUCUAAUACUUUUGAAUAGGGCAAAGAAUAACAUUAAAGGUUGGUAUUUCUAUUCAUUCUCGAGUGAACCCUUUGUGGUUUCUGCAGUUUCGACUUAUAUCCCAUUACUUUUAGAGCAAUUUGCAAGAAUUAAUGGUGUUACAGUUGGUGAUCAUUCAGUGAAAUGUACUCCAGAUGAUGACAAAUGUGUCCUUGGUCUUUUCAACAAUAGAAUAUUUGUUGAUACUUCAAGUUUUGCCCUUUACACUUUUUCCAUGAGUGUCUUUAUCCAGACUAUUGUUGUCAUUACGGUUUCAGGAUUAGUUGACGUUUGGAAGACCGUUAAGUUUAAGAGUAGAGUUCUAGUUGGAUUUGGUCUUUUGGGUUCCACCUCUGUCGUCUUAAUUUCUCAAUUAUCGUUGGAGCAAUACUACUCAUUGGCACUACUUUACAUCAUUGCCAAUACAUGUUAUGGUGUUGUUAAUGUCGUAGGUAAUUCACUAUUGCCGGUAUUUGUAUCAGAUCUAGUUCAAUAUGGACCGGAUAACCAGGAAUCAAAUACUGAAAGUUUAACUACAGCUAUCAGCGGUAAAGGUGCUAGUAUAGGUUAUAGCGGUGCUCUAUUAGUACAGAUUUUCUCGAUGUGGUUGGUUAAAAGGAGCAAGUCUCAGGAUAACAUACAAAUUGCGGUGCUCUUUGUAGGUAUUUGGUGGAUAUGUUGGCAAUCACCAAUGACUUGGUUAUUACAGGAUGUUAGACCUACACUGUUGCCUGCUAGUGAUAGAAUAACCCCCGGAACUGGUUCACAGGCCCCUACGUCGUUUAAACCACGUAUGCUGAAAUACGGAUGGUUAUCACUAUUUGAAUCUUUGAAACACGCAAGAUUGUUAAGAGACAUGGUGAUAUUUUUAGUUGGAUGGUUUAUUGUUAGUGAUUCUUUGACUACAAUCAACUCCGCAGCGAUUCUUUUCGCCAGAACUGAGUUAAAGAUGAGUACUUUAAGUCUGAUACUGAUUAGUAUUCUAACCAUGAUUAGUGCAAUCAUGGGGGCCUUUUUCAUCCCGAAUUACAUCUCUCGAAAAUUCAACCUUUCCCCACAACGUACUUUAAUCUAUAUCAUUUGUUGGUCUAGUUUGAUACCGUUUUAUGGAACUAUGGGAUUUUUAUUUAAGGACUUCGGAUUGAAACAUCCUGUUGAGAUGUUCAUCAUGGCGGUAUGGUAUGGUAUAUCUGUGGGUGGUGUUGCUGCAGUUUCAAGAUCUUUAUUCAGUCUAAUAAUACCUAAGGGAAAAGAAUCUACAUUUUUUAGCCUUUUCAGCGUCACUGAUAAAGGAUCAUCAAUUGUUGGUCCCCUGCUGAUAGGUUUCAUUACUGAUAAAACUCAUGAAAUAAGAUAUUCGUUCUACUUACUGUUUGCACUAUUAGCCUUAUCACUACCAAUCUUCAAUUCCAUCAGAUUAGAUAGGGCCAAAGUCAGUGCAACCGAGUUGAAUAGAGUAGAGGCUGAAGCAUUAGAUUUAUGA